AUGUCGCAUUUCGGCCGAUCUGGUCCUCCAGAUAUCAGAGACACCUUUUCUCUCCUCGUCCUCAACAUCACUUUCCGUACCACCGCCGACGAUCUUUUCCCUCUCUUCGACAAGUACGGCAAGGUAGUGGAUGUAUUCAUACCCCGCGAUCGAAGGACUGGAGAAUCGAGAGGUUUUGCGUUCGUAAGGUAUAAAUAUGCUGAUGAGGCACAAAAGGCAGUUGAUAGGCUUGAUGGGAGAGUUGUGGAUGGGAGAGAGAUUAUGGUGCAAUUUGCCAAGUAUGGGCCCAACGCUGAGCGAAUUCAGAAUGGUAGGAUAGUGGAAUCAACUUCAAAGGUUAAGAGUAGGUCCAGAAGCCGUAGCCCUCGUCCAAGGUAUCGGGAUGGCUACAGGGACAGGGACAGGGAUUACAGAAGAAGAAGUCGCAGUAGAAGCAGGGAUCGUUACGACCGUGAUGGGUAUCGAGGUAGGGAUAGAGAUUAUCAUCCCCGAAGUGUGAGCCACAGCCCUGAUCGUCGCAAAGACCGUGGUAGAGGACAUGAUGAGGAACGGCAUAGUCGGAGCCGGUCUAAUGGAAGCCCUAAUUCUCCAAGGAGCCCUUCUCCACGCAAGGCACAUCCUAGGGAUGGAAGUCCUAGUGGACGCAAUGAUAAGAAGAACUCUCCUUCUCCAAAGAGUGUCUCACCUCGCAAUGAACCGAUUGAUUCUUGA